ACUUUCUUAUAUUCAGAGUUAGGGAAGAGUUUCUUAACAAAACGGGCGAGAUUAAUGAAUUUCCAUUCAUGAGGGAUAUAGUUUUGAAAUCUUUUAAAACACUUGUUAGACUGGGCUCAAGAUAUUUUCCAGGAUUGUGCAAAGAAGCGUCAACAGUUACAUGUCCAAAUGAAUACAAAUGUGCUGCAAGUAAAACGUGUAUUCCAAAUGAACAAGUAUGUGACGGAGAGGCACAGUGUGUUCAUGGUGAUGAUGAACGUUUAUGUAAUUAUUCAUGCCCACACAACUGCACAUGCUCUGAGUAUACAACCGAUUGUACUGUAGAUGCUGUUGAUAAGGACAUAUUAACCUUACUGCAUAAGAAUACGCGUUCCGUAGAUUUGAGCGGCAAUAAAAAUCUUGAAGAAUUACUAAUGUCACCAAUUACGAACCUGCCUUUCUUGAUAUCAUUAAAUAUUUCAAAUUGUGGAAUAGAGUAUAUGACUGGAAAAGUGUUCCAGUCAAUGGUAAAUUUGCAUGUACUUGAUUUAGGAUUUAAUAAACUAGUCAAAAUACCUUCUGCGGCAUUUGUUGGUCUUCGGAAACUGAUAUACUUAAACAUGCUUGGUAACACAGACAUACAUUCAUUUGAGCCGAAUUCUAUGAUCGGGCUUUCUAGUUUAAAGGAGUUCGAAAUAACAGGUGUAAAUAUUCAAAAGAUGUCAUCUCGCACAUUUGCAGGACUAAAUCUCGAUACACUUUUGUUAUCUGGUAACAACAUAGCAGAGAUGGAGGACGACGUGUUUCUGGGAAUGAACGCAAAACUUCUUGACAUGGAAGCAAAUCAAAUAUCAGUUUUCGACAAAGGUUUAUUUCGCGGAGUAUCUGGGCUGUUAUCGUUACACACACCUGCCUAUAAAUUUUGCUGCAUUCGACCAACUUAUUUGGCAGAUGAAGAUUGUUUUCCUGAACGAGAUGAAUUUUCCUCCUGCGCAGAUCUGCUGCGUGUAUCUGCUCUUCAGACAAUGCUAUGGCUGAUAGGAUUAGUUGCCCUGUUUGGAAAUAUAUUGUCUGUUAUUUAUCGUCUCAUCUACGAUAGAGAAAGAUUGAAAUUAGGAUUCGGAAUAUUUGUGACAAACCUGGCAAUAGCGGAUUUUAUAAUGGGAGUUUACCUCAUUAUCAUAGCAAUAGCUGACGCAGCUUAUCGGAAAAGAUAUAUUUUCAUGGAUGAAUAUUGGAGGAAUAGUACCUGGUGUACUCUAGCAGGAUUCUUAUCUACCGUGUCAUCAGAGGCUAGUGUAUUUUUCCUUUGUCUCAUUACCUUAGACAGGCUCUUGGUGAUAAAAUAUCCAUUUGGUCAAAUAAGAUUUAAUACAAAAACUGCAGGAAUAGCAUCCGGUCUGGCGUGGUUUAUUUCCGUGACCAUAGGGAUUAUACCAAUAAUAUACAAAGAUCAUUUUGAAGGUAGAUUCUAUUCAAAAUCUGGUGUUUGUAUUGCAUUACCGUUGACCAGGGAUAGACCUCCAGGAUGGCUUUACUCAAUCGUCAUAUUUGUUGGACUAAAUUUUGUCACAUUCUGUUUGAUAGCUAUUGGACAGGUGGUUAUAUAUAUGGAAAUAAAGAAAGCUACUUCAGGUAUAAGACGCUCUUCAACAAGGAAAGGGAAGGCAGGAACUGGACGACGUAGAGAAUUAGCUGUGGCUAGGAACCUAUUCCUUGUUGUUUCUACCGAUUUUCUUUGCUGGUUUCCCAUUGGAUGUAUGGGUAUGAUGGCAAUGUCUGGUCACGUGAUUCCAGGUGAGGUUUAUGCCUGGACGGCAGUAUUCAUACUCCCCGUGAAUUCUGCACUUAACCCUGUUUUGUAUACUUUAACUGCAUGUUUGGCUAAGAAAAAAGCAAAAGAACGACGGGACACCCUUAAAAGUACCACAUUAAACUCACCACAGCGAGUUAGAAAAUCUGGACCAUGCCAUAGAGUGUUUAGAUACUUUAUCACCGAGGGAGACAAUCAGAAUCAGAUGUAUAUAAGCCUAAGUGAUGUUUACAACAAAGACAUUAAAGUCUCUACCAAACACAUUCUUAAGAUUGUUCAGAAUUUGUCGCACUGUUUAGGCUUAUUACAUAAAAAUUCUUUAAAAGUGAACAUAGAAGACAGAUAUAUUUACGUCAACGUAGUCAAUAAUAAGUUAAGUGGUGAUGUUCAAAUCAGACAUGAGCCUUCAGUUUGUGUGUCACAAGAGAUGAAACGUGAAAAUAUGUAUCAGCUCGGGCAACUUACACGUCGACUGUUAAACCACGUAAUGAAAACAAAAGUGAACGUUGCAAAUGGUACCGAUGAGCAAAGUGUAUAAAGAUACCAGUAAAGUUUCUUUCGUGAAAGGAUCUGAUAUUCCGAUAAAUGUUUCUGUGAAAUAAUUAUCAUAUUAUUUGUAUGUAUGUAUAUUUAUUGACAAAUCAAGUGAGUCCCUUCCAUGUAAGGAUAAGCUAGUAAUUAAUAAUAAUUAAUUAAAGGAAGGAAAACUUUGCUUAUGUAUAUGAUUUAUCUGGUAGUUUUAUAGUAUGUGUUUAUGGUAUUUUUCAUAUGCUUAUUCGUAACUUUGUCUAGUUUGCUUUUUUGUAUGCUAUUUGUUUGAUUUUAUGUAUUUGUAUAAAUUUAUGCU